AUGUCAGACUCAACACGUGGAGUACCUGGUACUUCAGUGGUACCAGAACCCGGAAGCGGUGGGAAUGGAGAUAGUCAAAGGAAGAGGGUGGCUUUCGUGGAGAGUCAACCUGCUGACGCGAAACCCCCAAAACAAAAGAAUUAUGCUGGAAGACGAACAUCAUCGACUAGGCUCUGAUAGAUUUUGUUCGUGUGAGAAGAUAUUAAGUCCUUUGGUCUUCCACGGUCUACCUCAGUACUGCUUGUUGUUGUAUGUAAGGACGAAUUAUACGUCGAUUAAUAGUAAGUUGUUGUAUGUAAGGACGAAUACAUCGACUAUUAGUAAGUUGUUGUUGUUGUUGUAACCUACAGCUGUGCUUGUGAAGAUGAUGAACUUAUUUAUCAUGAUGUCUGUCUGCAGCUAGUACUACUAACUUUGAAUUGAAUUUUCUACUUUGAAUUGAAUUUUCUAAUUCUAUGUGGUCCAAGCUCUCAUGUAUGCGGAGAACCAAUGUCAAUGUGUAGGUAGAAAAGAUACCACGAGAAAUUGACUACUAGUCCCACUUAUCAUCCACUCAUCAUAAUCGUCAGCAUUGAUUUUUUUGUCUGACUUCAAUGUGAUGAAUUCAUCUAGCCAUUCAUUCUUUCAUUCUAUCACUACUUCCCCAAUGAUGAACUUUCAUACCCGAGGACCGACGACAUCGAGUAAAGAUGCAGUGCAGGAGUUCAACGCGCCAGAACAGAGUCCAGUCAAAAAACAGUUUCGCAUGGCAGCGGUCGAACUCGGCAACGAAAACCAGCCUCUGGGUGCCGGAAAUAGCGGUGCUGGCGGAGCUGCAUCAACAGGAGGAAGUGGGAAGUUAUGUCUGUAGUCGGUCGUGUACGUGUGGGGUUAGUGGAAUGGUACUACAACUUGGCGUUUCGUCCCUGCUUCUAUCGUAGUCGGUCGUGUGUGUGUGGGGUUAGUGGAAAGGCAGUUGUAACUCAAGGUCGAGGCAUUCCUGCGUCAGGCACUAGUAGAGGGGCUGAUAGAAAUGGAAGAAGGAUCCACUGAGGCGGUGGUAGGUGGAGUAGAGGAUGAUUAAGAGUAGGUUAAAGGUGCUUUUCUUACCGCUUUUUAUGCCUCUCUCCCUUAGGAUGAGAAAGGCAUAACAAGCGGGGUACGCGAGCACCAAAAACCUACCUCUAAAUGGUACUACAAAUGUAGUUGUGCGAGUAGAUUGUGGGGGUCGGGGUGGGGCACAGUUAUAUAAUGAGGAUGAGCAAGAUGGUCUAAAAGCAUUUUAGUUUCUCUCUCUCUAGUUUCUCGUCUCUAGUUUCUCCACGCUAACACCAUCAUCAAAGAGAAGUGAACCCGCAUCGAAACCUCCAGAACCAUUCGAUAGAUCGAAGAUCAGCAUAGACGAUCCUAUAUCUGCAGCAGAAGUUAAGGCACAUCAUUUAAUGACCCAUGACUUUCUCUACUUCAUCAUUAUCAUUUCCUUGUGACUUCUACAACUCAAGCAGAUGUAAUUGUAUCACUCAUCUCAAGCACUGUUCUCUCCGCUUUAAAGCUCAUUAUCAUUUCCUCCUCCACCGCAUUGAUUUCGCCCUCGUUUCUCUUUUGUUGGCUUCCAUCUUCCUUGCCUCGCUCUUAGCUGCAUUCUAAGAAGAAGAAAAUGACCGCAACAUAAGUAUUUGAAUGAUGCUUGGAUAUUUGUAUUUCAGAGAGGCUGGAUAUUUCAGAUAGUUAGAUACUUAGACUGACAUUUAAUGAUAGUCUAAGUAUGAAUGAUUUAUUCAUAGUAACUCCACACGACUUCCUCGUCUAAUCAAGCUGCGAUCGAUAUGCAAUAUGACGCGCCUGCAAAACGGAGAAGGGGUGGCUUUGCAGACAAAUUAGUCGACAGCGUAGGGGUAAAAGAAACUAGGAUUCGCCAAUCACAGUUGCACUGUACCUAUAUUAUAGUUUCACUUGUUCUUCGAUGGACACUUGUCUUGAACACUUGUCUUGAACACUUGUCUUGAACACUUGUCUUGAACACUUGUCUUGAACACUUGUCUUGAACACUUGUCUUGAACACUUGUCUUGAACACUUGUCUUGAACACUUGUCUUGAACACUUGUCUUGAACACUUGUCUUGAACACUUGUCUUGAACACUUGUCUUGAAUCUUGAAUCUUGAACACUUGCUAUUCUUUUUAAUUAUAACCUGCGUAAGACUCAUUGUAAAGACGUUGGUCGCGCAUUUCUCUAUUUUUUCACGCUCCAAUAUUAACCAAGCUAGCACCUCGCUCCUGCUAAUAGAAAACACUCACUCACGUACUACAUGCAUGAUCAAUAACCUGCGUAAGACUCAUCGUAAAGAAGUAGCUGGUCGCACAUACAUAACGAACAAUGUGAAUGAUCUUCCCAACUCAAGACAAGUGAUUCACAACCUAGUCGACACAACUACUAACUCAACACAUGAUCAGCGGGCUCAAACUUGCCUCAAAAAAACGAACAAGUGGCGCGACCAAAACCAAGUGGAGGACAGAUGGUGGCUGUGA